AUGUGGGAAAACUGUCUCAGCCAGGGACAGAACGGGUGCUCACAGCACACGUUCCAAGGACUUGACUGCUACAGAGAUGCAGCAGUUUCUAAGCGGCACCUCCCAGAAUGGUCCAACGCCCAAUCCCGAUUGACAGCAUGUGCUGUAUGCCUUGGCUGCAUCAGUGCGAAGCAUUCUUCAUCCUUCAUCUUGUCUUUGCUCCUUCUCGUUCCAGGUACCACCCGUGCACCUGUCAGAGUGACUGAGACAUCUGGGAGUUCCAGCACAGGAGUCCCCACGGGAGCACCAGGCAGCCAAAGCACAAGAGGAAACACAGCGUGUUCAGGCUUGCUUCCACCAGCCCCAGUGUGUCAUGGUCCACUGGGAGAAGAGAAAUCUCCGGGGGACACAUGGACGUCUAACUGCCACCAGUGUACCUGUACUGAAGCACAGGCUGUCGACUGCAAACCUAAAGAGUGUCCUUCUCCACCUACCUGCAAAACUGGAGAGAAGCUGAUAACGUUCAAAUCGAAUGAUUCCUGCUGUGAAAUCGGCCACUGCGAACCAAGAACAUGUUUAUUUAACAAUACUGAUUAUGAGAUUGGUACAUCCUUUGAUGACCCUAGCAACCCAUGUGUCUCCUACACCUGCAAGAGCACUGGCUUGGCGGCCAUGGUUCAGAACUGCCCGAAGCAAACCUGGUGCGCAGAAGGAGAGAGAACCUACGAUUCAAAGAAAUGUUGCUAUACAUGUAAGAGUGAGUGCAGAACUUCUCCCGUGAAUGUGACCAUUAGAUAUAAUGGCUGUAGGAAGAGAGUUGAGAUGGCCAGAUGUGUAGGAGACUGCAAAAGGACCCUCAAGUACAAUUAUGAGACCUUCCAAUUGGAGAAUUCCUGUGUUUGCUGCCGUGAAGACAGCUAUGAAUACAGGGACAUUGCCCUCGAUUGCUCCGACGGCAGCACCCUCGAAUACAGAUACAGGCACACUACAACCUGCUCCUGUCUGGACCAGUGUGAACAGUCUACAGACAGCCAAUAG